AUGCAAGAUUACGGCUUGGAGGUUGUUGAAGCCGUUAAAUUCACCGUAGACCCAGCACUUCUACUUGCGACAUGGUUAAUGCGUUCCAUAAGCAAUGUGUUAAACGUGAUGAAGGAUCCUAGGCGCAUCCCUUUCUUUCUGUAUGGCAGUGCACUUGGGCGUCUUAGGGAAAAUGAUCAUGAAGGAUUCUGGCGAGAAGUGGGAUAUGGAAUAAGGGAGGCGAGAAGAGAGAUUAAUGCAUUUUCGGCUCAUGUUGCCAACAUGGAAUGGGACAACUUCGACAGAUGGUUUGUAAAAAGAGGACCGAGGCUUGACGAGCUUCAUGAAUUUCAUCACAAGGUCUAUAAGGUAUAUUUGGAUGGAUUGGAUGUUGUAGAGAAGAAUUGUCUCGAAGGAUGCAAUGCUACGAAAAUGUGGGAGAUUCUUCAUGAUCUCACAACUUUCUGUAGGGGAAAGACCUCUCUAUAUGUAUUAGAUAUUCUGAAAAGCGACUUAGGAAACAAGGUGAUGGCAACACAGAAAGCUUACUCUUUCAUAAAAUCUCGGAAUGAUGAAGAGAGCAGGAAGCUUUAUCUAAUAUGCUUGGAUGACAUGAUCAAAAAGCCUGAUGAAACUAUAAAUGAUAUUCUUAGUGCAUCUCAAGGCUUAUGGGGCAACUCCAUAACUUGGCACUGUAAGCUGUACGGGCUGUACUGGCUUUUGAAGCUGGUUACAACUGGCAGUUCUUUCUGA